GAGCAAUAAUAAGGGGGGAGUAAAGAGUGCCACUUGCCUGGGGUUAUCUCAUCUAUGGGCUGGAAUUCAGAACAUCAGUCCAUGUCUAAUCAGCUACCAGACGAGAUCUGUUCGAUUGGCAUGUCGGCCUUCCCUCCGUUGCCGGCGCCAGGAAAAUGAACCCGAGGGGAACUUUUUCCCAAGAAUGCUGGAUCUGUGGGAUCUGCUGCCAAUUGACUUCCGGCGAACUGGCGGGGGGUCGUUGUUCAAAGGGAGCAUUGGGCGGCGAUGCAAGAAGCAAUGGCUGGUCUCGGCCCCUGUUUUUCAAAUUCAGAUCCGCAUCUUGGAUCUCACCACUAUCCGUUGAAGAAAUUGCUUUGGGUCGGGUCUCUUCAGAUUCUGGAUCGAAGACCAUGAGAGUGCUGCUUCAGGAGUUUAUCGGGGCCACCGUCGCUGGGGAGGCGCAUUGACGGAGCUUAAUGGUCUCUCCCCUAGGCGGAAAUUCGCGGGUCGCAGAACAUCCACGCUGCUGACUGCCGUCGGAAACUCGGGGUCGCAGGGGGACCCUCGCUGUUGACUGCCCGCAACUUCCAGAGCAGCUGCAGCAGCCAGAUCACUGGCUGGGCGUCGGCGACGGCAGGGAGAGCUUCGUCCGGGUUCGAUCUGAAGCUUCUCAAGCAAUAUCAAUUGUAAACUGGAGGCUGAAUUAUGACCUUCAGGCCGAAGGCCAUCACCACCGAGAGAUCUUAGAAGGAAAAAAAAUUAAAUAAUGAAAAGAAUUUGGUUAAAAAAAAUUUGAGAGCAUGUUUGAUGUUUGAUGCGUUCGACACUCUCAAAGAAAACACCAUUGUUGGA